AUGAUUUUUAUAAAUGAUCACAAAUUCACAAAUUCUGUUGUUUUUUCGAUCAUUGAGUUGAAAGUUGAUUAUUUAAAAUUAGCUUUAAAGUUUUAAAUGUUUUAAUACAAGUUUUUAAAACGCAAAUUUUUAAUUUUCGAAAAUGGCUGCGUUUGGUGCUAUAACCUAAAAAUAACAAGAAUAACCGCAUUAUUAGGAAUACAAAUUACAAUUCAAAGCAUAUUUUGUUUAAAGUGCGCCAAAUAAAAGUGAAAACAAGAUAACUGAAAAGUAAAUUUUCUGUGCAAAUAAUAAUUCUACGCUGUUAUAUAUCAUAACAAUUAAAGUACACAAAAGCAAUAAACAUAUAAUUUAGUUGAUCACUGUUGUUUAACGUCAACGAGAGCACUUUAGUUAUAAGAACAUUCAAUACAAAAAAGAAAAUGUUAAAAUCAAAGAUUUUAUCCAGUAUUUUAAGGAGUAAUUUUACAAAGCAACUUUUUCGAAAUAAUUAUACACAAGAAGCUCCACAACCUAUCAAAAUUGAAAAGACGAUAAAUAAAGUUACACUUUUGGGUCGAGUUGGUGCAGAUCCACAAAAACGUGGCACAGAAGAACAUCCAGUUGUUGUAUUUUCAUUGGCUACCCACCAAAAUUAUAUCAACAAUAAUGAAGAAAGCACUCAAAAAACUGACUGGCACCGCAUUGUUGUAUUCAGACCUGGAUUGCGUGACACUGUAUAUAAUUACCUACAAAAAGGACAACGUGUGCACAUUAGUGGUAGAUUAAUCUAUGGAGAAUUGAAAGAUGAAUCUGGCACUACUCGAACAACUACAUCAAUUGCUGCGGAUGAUAUUAUAUUUUUUAAUUCAAAAAAUUAAAUUAUUUAAUUUACCUAAACUUAAUUUAAGUAAUGUUUGUUUAGUCUAUAGAAAACAUGCUCGUUGUGUUGCCUAUAAUUAAAAUUCCUAUAAGAAUAUUUUUUUCUUUAUUUAUAUAAAUAAAAAUGUACAUUUUUUUUUACAUAUUAAGUUGAUUACAAAUGAAAAAAGUUGAAAUGAUAUUAGUUUUGUUGAGAGGUUUUGUUCAUAACAAAUAGUUAAAAAAAAAAAAAUUUGAAAGUGG